AUCCUGCACAAGACGAAGAUCGUCAUGGAGUGCCUGCACCGCUUCUGCAGCGAGUGCAUCCAGAAGUGCCUGCGCGUGGGCAAGAACGAGUGCCCGAGCUGCCGCAUCCACGUGCCGAGCCGGCGGUCGCUCCGGCCCGACCCCAACUUCGACGCGCUCAUCUCGAAGAUCUAC